GAGCGGGCCGCCGGCGGUUCGUAUUACCGGGGUCGAAGGAGGAGCCCGGCCGGGCCCGCCAGCGCGCUCAGGGUGGGCGGGAGUCGCGGGCGAGGCGGGGGCGACCCAGCCGCGAGGAGGCAAGCGGGGCUCCGGGGGCUGCAAAUUUGGGCGAGUGAGCUCUGGUCUGUAGGGCGGGGAGGUGCCCCCCGCCACCUCCUCAGCCCUCCGCCUGGCCCUGGAGGCCAGGCUUCACUUGCCCGCAGGCCCGGGAGCCGCUGCCGCCGCCGAGGGCCCGUCUCCGGGCCUGCGGAGCGUGAAGGGGCGGACGCUAGGCGCGGGGGUCUGCGCGGAGGCCUGGACGGCGCGGCCAGGUGAUGGUGGGCCCCUGUGCUUCUCCAGAGGAAAGGGGACCCCCAGAGCAGCCGUGCCCCCGGGCUGCCCCAGUGAGUUUUGACAUCAGCUCUAGGGAAGUCGGGCACUUGUGAGUUUGCCUCUCGCGCUUAAGCGUACUUUAGGAUGCAGUGAUUGAGGAAUUAGGCUCUCCCGGCCCCGGGAGGGGCACUGCCUGUGCAUCUGAACUCAGUGUAGAGAAGCAGGACGGAAUGAUGCUGUCCGAGCCAGCCCCAAAGUGGUUUCCCACCCACGUGCAGGUCACAGUGCUCCAAGCCAAAGAUCUAAAGCCAAAAGGCAAAAGUGGCACCAAUGACACAUACACUAUAAUUCAGCUGGGCAAGGAAAAGUACUCCACCUCUGUAGCUGAGAAAACCCUUGAGCCAGUCUGGAAGGAAGAGGCUUCUUUUGAACUACCUGGAUUGUUAAUGCAGGGGAAUCCAGAGAAAUACGUUCUUUUCCUCAUAGUUAUGCACAGGUCCCUGGUGGGUCUGGAUAAGUUUUUAGGGCAGGUGGCAAUCAAUCUCAAUGACAUCUUUGAGGACAAACAAAGAAGGAAAACAGAGUGGUUUAGAUUAGAAUCCAAACAAGGAAAAAGAGCCAAAAACAGGGGUGAGAUAAAGGUCAAUAUUCAAUUCAUGAGGAACAAUAUGACAGCGAGUAUGUUUGACUUAUCAAUGAAGGACAAAACAAGAUCUCCUUUUGCAAAAUUAAAAGAUAAGAUGAAAGGUAGAAAAAAUGAUGGGACAUUUUCUGACACGUCUUCUGCAAUCAUUCCAAGUUCUCACACACCUGAUGCCAAUACUGAAUUUCCAAGUGGUGAGGUACCGAUGAAAUCCAAACCAAAAAAGCCUUUCCUUUUGGGUCCUCAGCGACUCUCUUCAGCACAUUCAAUGUCUGAUUUAACUGGGGCCCACAUGUCUUCUGAGAAACUGAAGUCUGGCAUCGUUGGUCAAUCACAUCUUCUCGGACGCCAGAUAGAUUCCUUUGGAGCAGUUCCUGAAAGUGGAAGUCUCAAAUCUCCACACAGAAGAACAUUAAGCUUUGAUACUUCUAAAAUGAACCAACCUGACAGUAGUGUGGAUGAAGGUGAAUCGUCUUUUGGAAGACGAAAUGACCCAUUUACAAAUGUAACUGCUUCAUUACCCCAAAAAUUUGCAACACUGCCAAGGAAGAAAAAUCCAUUUGAAGAAAGCAGUGAAUCAUGGGACAGCAGCAUGAAUUUAUUUACAAAAUCAGUUGAAGUAAGGACAGAAAAUAAGAGAGAGAAAAGGGAGAAAGCCUCUUUGAAAGAGUGACUGGGAAAAAAAGAUAGCAGAUCUGAUAAAUUUAACAAUGGGGGAUCUGAUAGCCCUUGUGACUUGAAAUCACCCAAAGCAUUUAGUGAAAAUCAGCAGGACUAUUUUGGUGAUGAGUGAGCUAAUCCGUUUACAGCAAAAUUCAGGGCUGCAAAUACAAUGCCACCUUCAAGUUUUCAUAUGAAUCUGACAAGUCAUGAAGACCUCAGGAAAAUCCCGGACAGCAAGCCUUUUAAUGCCACUGCAGGGCACAGUAGUCUGACCAAUGAGGAGGUACUACAGGAACUAGUGAAGCACAAAGAGCUUCUUAGGAGGGAGGACACCCACAUCCGGGAACUCGAGGACAUCGACAACCUCCUCUUGGAGUCAUGGAGCUGUCCUCUGUGUCUGUCAUUCCCUGCCUGUUUUCAUAUGAAACCGACAAGUAAUGAAGACCUGAGGAAAAUCCUGGACAACAACCCUUUUGAUGCCACUGCAGGGUAUCGCAGUCUGACCUAUGAGGAAGUUCUACAGGAACUAGUGAAGCACAAAGAGCUUCUUAGGAGGAAGGACACCCACAUCCGGGAACUCGAGGACUACAUCGACAACCUCCUCGUAAGGGUAAUGGAAGAAACACCCAGUAUUCUCAGAGUGCCAUACGAACCGUCCAGGAAAGCUGGCAAAUUCUCCAAUAGUUAAUAGGCUGAUUGUACUGCAUUUAUAAUUGGGGGAAAAAAGAAGAAAAACUUGUUACUGAAAGAGACUCCAUUAUCAGGUUUCCUUACAUAUUCUGCUGUGUGGUAAAAAACUGUUUUACCUGUAAAUAUUAACAGAGACUGUCAAGAGUGACCUUUGAAGUGAGCUAAAUAAUCUAAACUUUUAAAGUGAAAAUGGGCCAGAUUCUCAAAGAAUUAGCAGUUUCUUAGGGUCCACUUAGGUGCUGGUGCUGGCCCACUAGUCUGCCAUAGGCUCAGAAAUACCUUCAGAAGUACAUGACUUACUCCUCAGGCAUCAAUUUCUUGUAAAGCAGAAUUGAUACUGUGGUUGCUUUCUCUGAAGUUAAUUUGUAGAUGUAUUUAGCUGCAGUUAAACACUAUUAAAAAAAAGUCCAUAUUUUAUAUAUAUAUACAUGAGUAUAUGUUCAUGUAUCUGUAUAUUGAAUAGAUGCAUAUACCUCACAUGUAAAUGUGUUUUUAGAACAUUUAAAAACAACUGGUUGCCCCUAAAAUGAGGAUACCAAUUUCUUAAUUUGAAAAUACUGUGUUCCAUCAUUGCAAAACAAAUUAUCGUUGCUACCGUUAUGGUUUGUGAUAGGGAAGCUGCUUCAAAUCACUCUUGACUAUGUGUACCUUGGUUUCAGAAUGAGCUGCUUCCAUAUAUUAUCCCAGUAUCAAACUUUUACUCUUUUUCCAAAAAUAGUGAUUCAAUGCCCUUUUUACUUUAGGAAGCUUCAUUAGCUUCACAACAGCAUGGAUUUCUUGAAUUAAUUUUUUAUCUUAACAUUUGAAUUUUGUUUAAGCUAUAAGCAGAAGAUAAGCUAAUUUGUUUUGUUGAGAUUCUGAAUGCCUUUAAAUCACUAGCAAGGAAAAUAAUAAGUUAUAUCUGAAGGUAAUUUUUGGGAAAAAAGUAUAUCAUCUGAUGCCUGAUAACCCAAAGCAGUGGGCAAAUUCUGGGAAUGAAGAAUUAGGCUUGGUUUCAAGUUACAGAAGUAAAAGAACAGAUGGUUGCAUUAGGGUCUUGAACCAAAAUAAGUGUUACUAAAGGAGUGAGUUUUCAGAACAAAUCUUUACUAGCAUGACAUUAUACAUCCACCCUUAAAGAAUUGAUUUAUUACAAAAUUAUAGGUUGGCUUUUUUUAAAAAGUCUGUUCCCAAAAAGUGUUGAUUACUUCCACGAAUUAACUAUAUUUGUACAAAAUUAGUCUAAAAUUUAAAGUGAAAAACAGUUGUGUAAAAAUAUUACCAAUCAUUCGCUAAUUUUUUACUUUAAAAAUCUAAAAUAUUUAACUAUGAAACACUGAAUAUAUGUCUUGAAUUUAAAAAGAAAAUUUCACCUUUAUAUGGAGACAUAUAUUCCCUGAUCUUUUAAAGAACCACAUUUUUAUCUGGUAUUUAUCUCUGGUAUGUCUUCAUUGAAAGUUAAAUAUACAGCUGAUAUAAUGGUUUUGCUCAUUUUAAUAUUUUAAAUCAGAUAGUGUCCAAGCUUAUAUUUGUCAUCUAAAAUCAGUUAUUUGUAUUUUUGUAGUUUCUUUAGUUUUCCUAUGAGAGCAAACAUUUUGAAAUUCUGAAAAACUUUUCCAAAUACAAAAAAAUUAUAUAAUGUUUUUAAAUGAAGAAAUGGAGAAGCAAGAAUAGCUUCUACUAAAUAACUUUUUCCUCUGCUUAUAAAUUCCUGUAGUAAAUCUCUAAACCUGGAGUAGAAUUUAAUUUCCCCAUUUGAGGUCUUGGUAAUUAUUAUUUUUUAACAUGGUACCAUUUUUAGUUAACAUUAAGUAUUACAAAAUUCUUAGUAUUUGUUUUUUCUGUUGUUAAUAUAGUUGAAGCUCUUUUUUCAGUAUUAUGACAGAUUAUCUGUAUGCUUUGGCCAAAUUUGCUCUUUAUAGAAUGAACCAAGAUGUCAGUUUUGUAUUGGAGAUAUGUUUUAUAUAAAUAGAGCUCAGUAAAAAGUGUGGUUCAAGGACUGCUCUUCUUUUUAUGAGGAAAUUCAUUUUUAAGGAGAGAUUCUUUUCAUGUGUAAGAACUGUUAAAGAUUAGGUUUAUUCAUACAUGAAUGAUUUGGUUAUAACUGAAUCAGUAUUUUUAUCUUUAAAUCUGAGGCAAGAAGUGUAUUGAAAAUUGAAUCUACAUUUAUCACUGCCUAAAAAUGUUCUGUUCUGAUGUUUGUGAACUUUCACUCAUAACCUAGAGUACAACAUAUAUUUUCCCAAUUGGUCAAUGUAAUUAACUAAAAACAAAAAGUAAAAAUGAGUAAUCAUGUCAGUGUUUCCUGUAUUUGGGCCAAAGUGCAAGCAGAAUAGCUUUUAAUUUCUAGCAUUGUAGAAAAAAGGCCAAAAAGAUCACCUUAGUUUAUUUUUCAAAAUGCAACUUUUAAGUGUUCUAAUGGUAUAUUCUGUUAGUAGUUUAGAAAUGGAAAUAAAAUACAUGUACUCAUUAAGUACUGCACAACACAAUAGACUUUCAACAUUUUACUUUUGCUUUUAUGAUUUGAAAAAUGCAUGCUCAAAAAUAUUUCCACCAAUAAGGAUUUUUUAAAAUUACAGAAUUGAUAUUUAUCUCACACCUGUUUUAAGCUAAUACAUUUUUGUUGCAUAAUUAAAAUGGCUCUGCUAUAAUUUUAAAAGAGCAUUAUUUCACAGCCAGUUCCCCUUCCACAUCUGAAAUUCCACUUCAAAGUAUUGAACUUCCUACCACUUAAGCUUCAAGUUUCACUUACUGAAUUCCAGGGUCAUAUCUUAGAAUUGUACAUAAAAUGAUGUGUUACCCAUUCAUGAAAUACGUAUUGCUUUUUGCUGCUAUAUUCUACAUUAAGCCUAGAUUUGCCAUCCUCCCAUGAAUGUAGUAUUAUCCAUAGAUUAUACAUAACUACAUCUAUUGCUUUUGGUAGUAAGUGAUUUAGUUGUAAUUUUCCAGCUAUGAAAAUGUUGCCUUGUAAUUAGAAGGGUCUCACAAAUAGAAACCUAAGUAAAACUUAGCUCAUCAGUGACAGACUGGCUUUCCUCACAUCCUUCCUUCACCAACUCCAAGCACCCUCACACCCCCUUGCCUACCAUCCCUACAAGGGUUCUUAAUCUUUAGCAAGGGUAAUCUUUAAAACAAAGAAAAAAACUAUUGUCUUUACUAUACCUAGUAAUUGUCACUCUAGAGCUUUUAUCUUCCUUUGUAACUUUUUAGGAAAAGCAGCCUCCCUUGAUUUGUAAUUCAAGCUACAACUUUUGAUGUCCACGUGCUCUCAUGUCUUAUAGAUACAGUAGGUGUCUCACAUGUGUGUAAGUGAAGUGUAAAGCAUGCUCUUUCACUCGAUCUCCUUGAAGUAAGAGGUAAAGGAUCACAGUGCUGCUGGUUCAUGAGACGGUAGAUGUCAGGGUCUGUCAGCACACUUUGAAAGCCCCCAUUUUCACAGAUUUAUAACUUUAAUAAUCCAUAUGCAAUCAUUGAAAGUAUUUAAUAUGCAAUAGGUAGCACCUUAACUAAUUAAUCUGCAAAUGAAGAGUUUUCUGAUGUAUUUAAUAAGAAGUGUAGAAGCUCCUCAAGCAUUAAACUACAGUUGACAUUUUAUUUCAUUUAUUUUCUAUGUCAAAAACCUACUUUUGCAGUGGAACUGAAGUCUAAAAACAAGACAUUGGGCCUACUAAUCUUCAAAGCUUCCAGGUGCUUCAUAUUUUGAGGUACGAAAAAAUACUGCAGACCUAGAGGUGUAUAUAUUUAGCAGGUAUGUGAAAGACAGAAGCAUUGUUUUUACUGAAGAGUAUCACACUCAUUAAGUAAAAUGCUCUUGUAACUUGUAUAUGUUUUUGCAGGUACCAACUCAAAAGAAUGUAAGCAUUGCAUAAUGUGACUAUUGUAUAAUGUAUGUAAUUGAUGCAUGAAUCAGAUUUUUAUAUAUGAUUAUUGACUUAUUAUAGUUGAUUAAAGUGUUUAAUCUGAA